AUGGCCGGAAAAAGUAAGAUUCUGUUCAUCGGCGGUACUGGUUACAUUGGAAAGUUCAUCGUCGAAUCUAGUGCUAAAGCUGGUCACCAUACAUUUGUCUUUGUCAGAGAAUCCACUCUUUCCGAUCCUACCAAAACCAAACUCAUAGAUACUUUCAAGAGGUUUGGUGUCACCUUCCUCCAUGGUGAUUUGUAUGAUUAUGAGAGUUUAGUGAAGGCAAUAAAGCAAGUGGAUGUUGUGUUUUCUACUGUUGGUCAUUCUCUUUUAGCUGAUCAGCUCAACAUCAUUGCUGCUAUCAAAGAAGCUGGCAAUGUCAAGAGAUUCUUUCCCUCUGAAUUUGGGAAUGAUAUAGAUCGUGUGCAUACUGUUGAGCCUGCUAAAACAUUAUUUAAUACUAAAAUUCAAAUUCGCCGCGCUGUUGAAGCUGAAGGAAUACCAUUCACUUAUGUUGCUAGCUUCUAUUGUGCUCAUUAUUUUCUUCCAAAUUUGGCACAACUUGGACCUGAAGGUCCUCCCAAAGACAAAGUGUUCAUUUUAGGAGAUGGCAAUACUAAAGUUAUUUUUAACAAGGAAGAAGACAUUGGUAUCUAUACUAUAAAGGCUGUGGAUGAUCCAAGAACGCUUAACAAAAUCCUCUACGUCAAGCCUCCGCACAAUAUAAUUACAUUAAACGAGUUGGUAUCUUUGUGGGAGAACAAAAAUGGAAAGAAUCUUGAAAGAAUAUAUGUACCAGAGGAACAACUUCUCAACAACAUACAAGAAGCCUCGUUUCCAUUGAAUUUGGCAUUAUCGAUCUCUUACCCUGCUUUUGUGAAGGGUGAACAGACUAAUUUUGAAAUUGAUCCAUCAUUUGGAGUAGAGGCAUCACAAGUUUAUCCUGAUGUUAAAUAUACCCUAGUGGAUGAGAUACUCAAUCACUAUGUGUGA